AUGAGUUCUCAAGACAGCGAUUCAGAAUAUCAAGAGUUUGUUACUAACUUUUACGAUUUAGUUCAAGACAUAAAUGAAUUUUAUGCUGCCAAAUCCAAAGAAAGUAGAACUGCUAAAUUUCUAAAAUAAGCAAAAGCGCGAAGAAAAACAAAUCAAAUCACCUUUCGAAUGCCAGAGAAUCCAGAUCAAAAUGUUUCCGAAAUCAUCUCUUACAAUAAAAAUUAAGCAGAGAAAUUAGUUAAACCUAUGAGACAUCAAACGAAAAAUUUAGAAAAUUCCCAAGUAGAACCUUACAUUUUCAAUGUUCAUUUGAUUCUCAGGGAUCUGAAAUUGAAAUAGCAAAUACUCAGAAAUGCUUAGAAAUAAGUAUAUUUGAAUUUGAUUGAAUAUAACAAAUAAAAGACAAAGAAAUCAAAACCUAGAAAUUGUUGUUUACAUAUAUACUUAGCUGAGAAAAUCUAUUAAGAGAAAUUGAAAGAAGCAGCCACAUGCAAGAAAUUCCAAGAAGGCCCUAAGAUAGUCAUUCCUCUAUUGAAGAAUCCAGAAUAAACUAGAAAGGGAAGUAUGGAAUGA